UGUUCGGCGGCGCACAAAAAAAAAUAAAAAAAAUAAAUAACCGCAUGCAACUUAAUUUAUUUGGGGAGAAACUACCAAGCUUAUCCUGCAUCAGCCAACAUGGCCACAGCAAGUCCCAAACUCCACUUCCAGUUCAUCAAUUACAGCAACUGUGUGCUACAGAAGAUGAACAGCUUACGAGAGCAGAGGCAGUUCUGCGAUGUGACGAUACGCAUCGAGCAGGCUUCGUUCCAGGGUCACAAAGUGGUGCUGGCAGCCAGUUCAUCCUUCCUGAGGGACCAGUUUCUGCUGAAGGACUCCGAGGAGGCCGUUCUAUCAAUCAAUCAAAGCCCAGAGGUGGCCACACAGCUCCUGCAAUCCUGCUACACCGGCGUCCUGGAAUUCCCUGUUCAAGAACUGAUCAGCUACCUCACAGUCGCCAGCUACCUUCAGAUGGGACACGUGGUGGAAAAGUGCCAGCAGACAGCCAUGCAAUACAUGGAACCCAGCUUCUCAGCUGGUGCUUUGAGGAGCACCAAAGAAACCAACCAAGAGGAGAAUAUUAGAGAAACAGAACCCAGCCCUAAGAAAAGUAAAAAACACAAGCUUGGCCCAGAAAAGAAGAGCUUGCCAGUAAAAACAGAAGAGGAGGCAGCAUCUGAGGUUGAAGGUUGUCCAGAUGUUCAACUGGGCUCAUCAAAACCACUGCAUACCAGCAGCAGACUACAGGGGCCUGCAGGUUUCUCUGAGGUAGUCAACAUUGAGGACUUCAUGUUUGCUGCCAAUGAGUUUCACUUCCAAGGCCUCAACUUGUCCACAGACUUUUCAAGCGAGGUCAGGAGGAACCAGGAUGGACCUGAACAAGAGGUUCUGCAAGGGCCCUACCUCUGCCCGAACUGCUCCCUAACCUUCCAGUUUCUAGAGAACUAUGUCAGCCACAUGAGGGAGCACAAGUUGUUCCUUUGCUUGCGAUGCGGGAAGACCUUCACCCAGAAGGGAAACCUGACUCGUCACAUACACAUGCACACAGGCUUCAAGCCCUAUCAGUGCAGCGUCUGCACCAAGACUUUCACCCAGAAAGUGUCUCUCCAGGAUCACAUGAACCUGCACAGCGGGACACGGCCGCACUGCUGCAAUUACUGCAAGCUGCACUUCGCCCAGAAACCGGCUCUGCGGCGCCACCUGCGGGAGAUGCACAGGAAGAGCAGCGCUGACAACCUCAAUGAAGAGAUUGAGGAGGUCCUGCUUUAACCCUAGUGAUUCUUGAUCCUUCUUAUUAUCAAACCACCCCUGCUUGCUUGUGCUGCUGCGGGACAUAUAUUGCCCGUUUUACACCACUCUCUGACACAUUUCUGGUAUCCCUGAAUAGAUAAUUGUCCUGUCUUUACACUUCAUACAUUAAACUUUUAAACAUCUUGUGUAAACAGUUGUUUGUAAAUACUGUCAAUGGAAAGUCGGCUUCCAUUUUCUAUGAAUGACAGUAGCAUUAUUUAUUGUCCAAUUACCUCACUCGGAUCCC